GCGCACCGGGAUACAGGAUUCACUGGGGUCUAUCCCCACCUCCAUAGAGGAACCCGGCAGAGCAUUCAGCCUCCUCCCUUCUUCGCCGGUUCCUUGUCCACUCGGUUAUUAAAACCGAGGCGACACGGUCGGCAACCAGCAAUUAUCUGGCGAACGCUCGACGCCGCGCACGUUGCGAUCCGCACACGGCUAUACCACGUUACCUUUUUCUUUUAACAUUCGCUCGCGGUAGUGUCAGUAAUUCAGAAAUACGGAGUUACUUUGUUUCUUAUUUCGUCUCGUAUACACGAUAGGGGAAGCUGAAUGAGAUAAUUAUUCAUUCAGGAAUCAGAUAGUGAAGUGAUGCCUGAAGUGAUGCAGUAUCAACAGAUGUGUAUGUCGACCGUGCCAUCAAUGCCGGCUAUGGCGUCUAUGCCGAAUUUCCCGAUGCCGAUGCAUCAACACGCGAUGGAGUACGGCAACCCUGGCAUUCACUAUCCACCCUACAAUCCGACGUUAAGCAGCCACCAUCUCCAGGCUAGUCAAUCCAGUUACUGGUACCCCGGAUCCACGAGCCACAGCCAAAUUACGGAACCGUUGGCAGCGUCGACGUACACGAUGAGCGUCCCAACCAGUUCGAACUCGUGGACACCACAGACUCAUUUGGCGCAACCUCAACACCCACCCAUCCCCGCGAUUCAGCAUUACACGUUGCCGCCGAGUCCGCCGGGUCUUCCAUCGAGCCCUCAGAGCCACGCUUCUCCUUAUCAGUGGCCGCUCACCCCACCGGCGGAUCCUCAUUACCUGUCCGCAGAUGAUCUCGGUAAAUCUGGGAGAAAGUGCACCAGAUGUCGAUGCCCGAACUGUCAAAUGGAUGGCGGUGCACAACUGAGCGUCGACGGCAAGAGGCAGCACGUGUGCCACGUGGACGGUUGCGGCAAAGUUUACGGCAAAACUUCUCAUCUGAAGGCCCAUCUGAGGUGGCACACCGGAGAGCGGCCUUUCGGCUGCAACUGGCUAUUCUGCGGCAAGAGGUUCACCAGAAGCGACGAGUUGCAGCGUCAUCUUCGAACUCAUACCGGUGAAAAGAGGUUCGCCUGUCCAACGUGCGGCAAAAGGUUCAUGCGGAGCGAUCAUUUGACGAAACACGUGAAAACGCAUGAGAACCAGAAGAAGAAGAUAGCUGCGAGCAAAAAGGAAUCGAACAAGGAGAACUCGCCCGUUAGUACUGCGCAGAAUUCGUAUCUACCGAUCGGUAGCCAGUACGCUGUAAUAUAGGAUUGUGAAACCGUCGAA